AUGACAGGCAAGAGUAAGACCGCUGUGAAGACACUGGAAGAUUUAACGCUCGAUUCUGGUUAUGGUGGAGCCGCGGACUCCUUCAGGUCGUCCAGCGUGUCGCUGUGUUGCUCAGACACGAAACUGUCAUACGCGCAUGGGGGCAACUGCUGGCAUUUGACCGAAUCUAUGCACAGCCGACACAACAGCUUGGACACGGUCAACACAGUCCUGGCGGAGGACACGGAUAUCUUGGAGUUGUGCAGCCAGUGCGCCAAGCUUCCCGAGCUGGAGGACGUGCCAUGGAGUCUCAGCGAGGUGGAGUGCGCACUCAGGAAGGAAGUGGAGCUAUGUGUGGGGAGCCCAUCACAAGAGGUCCUGGCCAAGCUCUCAGCACUGGUCAGCCGGGCGUUGGUGAGGGUCGCCCGGGAGGCUCAGCGGCUCAGUCUGCGCUAUGCCAAGUGCACCAAGCACGAGAUCCAAAGCGCCAUCAAGGUGGUUCUCUCCUGGACCAUCUCUGUCAACUGCAUCACUGCGGCACUAAACGCACUUUCGCUCUAUAAUAUGAGCACUGGGGAUAAAUUCAGCCGGGGCAAGUCAGCGCGGUGCGGGCUCAUCUUUUCUGUUGGACAUUUUUUCAAGUGGAUGGUUGAGAAUCGGGUGGCACUCCGGGUCCACGAGCACGCGGCUAUAUACUUCACCGCCUGCGUGGAGAGCCUGUUCCGUGAGAUAUUCAGCCGAGUGCAGCGGAGCGCGCUCAUCAAGAAGGACAACGGCACCUCCACAUUUAUGCUCGAGACCCUAGAACAGGCCAUCAACAAUGACUCGGAGAUCUGGGGUCUGCUGCAGCCCUACCAGCACCUCAUAUGUGGGAAGAAUGCAAGUGGUAAGACAAACAAAAUACAUGUUGCUCAUUUUCUGUUGACGGAAAUGUGUCCUGGGUGGAAUCGGAUGCAUUCUAUUCGGUUUUUCGUUGGAAACUGGUGGUUUCAAGCUGAAUGUACUUUGUUGACCACAUCGUUGGCACAGUAUCUUUGUUUCUGUUUGGAUUACUCUACUGGUAGAUCUACCAGUGCGUUAUGGGAUAUAG